CACGCUUCCUGUGACAGCUCGACGCCGCAUGAUGGUGUGGAAGUUGCGUGUGGUGCGCUGCGUCUCCAUGUUGGCCGCGCGGCUCCUGAAGCAGGACCGGACCUUCAGGCUGGCGGGACCUUCUCUCCGACACUACAGCGCCAAGACGGCGCCUCACAUCCCGGGCAUGGAGUACCAGGAUGCCAUUUGCACUCUGAACACCCUACAGACCAAUGCCAGUGCCCUGGAGCAGGUACGACGAGAGCGGAGCAACCCUCAGCUGCAGCUCCAGGCCAUGAGAGGCUUCUUGGAGCGAGCCGGUCUCACGGUGGAGAAGCUGGACCAUCUUAAUAUUAUUCAUGUGACAGGAACAAAGGGCAAGGGGUCAACAUGUGCAUUCACGGAGCAGAUUUUGAGAAGUUAUGGGUUCCGCACAGGAUUUUACAGUUCCCCACACUUGGUAGAAGUCAGGGAGAGGAUUCGAAUCAAUGGGCGGCCCAUUGGAAAAGAGCUCUUCACUAAAUACUUCUGGCAGAUUUAUGGACAAUUGGAUGAAACGAAGGAUGCCCACGGAGGAUUGAUGCCGGCAUACUUCCGUUUCCUCACCAUCUUGGCUUUCCAUGUGUUUCUUCAGGAGAAGGUGGAUGUGGCUGUAAUUGAAGUUGGAAUUGGUGGAGCAUAUGACUGCACCAAUAUUAUAAGGAGGCCGUGGGUGUGUGGCAUCUCUUCUUUGGGUAUAGACCACACACAGAUUCUUGGAGACACCAUUGAAAAAAUUGCCUGGCAAAAAGGAGGCAUCUUCAAGCUGGGGGUUCCUGCCUUCACAGCCAAACAACCGGAGAAUGCAAUGGCUGUGCUCAAGGACCGGGCCACGGAUAUCAGAUGUCCUCUGUGGGUGUGUCCAGAGCUGGAGGACUAUCAGACAGACUGUGGACCUUUGCGUCUUGGCCUGGCAGGGUUGCAUCAGCGCUCCAAUGCCUCCCUGGCCCUCCAGUUGAGUCACACUUGGCUACACAAAAGAUGUCUAUCAGAUAAUAGCUUUCCUGCCACCAUUGCUGAGAACACAGGUGUACUUCAGGCAACUUCCUUUAAGCCCAGCCCCAUCAUGGUGAAAGGACUGGCAGAUACUGAGUGGCCAGGGAGGAAUCAGACUCUGAAACAUGGAGUAGUCACCUACUUCUUGGAUGGAGCUCACACCAUGCGCAGUAUGCAGGCCUGUGUGCAAUGGUUCAGAGAUGUUGCAGCCCAGCAUGAGAGGAAGGCAAGUGGACCUGUAUCCAGAGUUUUACUCUUCAAUGCCACAGGAGAGAGAGACUCAGCAGCCAUGCUUAAACUCCUGGUGCCAUGUCAUUUUGACUUUGCUGUGUUCUGCCCAAACAUCACUGAAGCCAUCCCUUCUUGUAAUGCAGACCAGCAGAACUUUAACGUCUCGGUGGAGAACAUGUUGACUCGCUGCCUGGACAAUGAGAGGAGUUGGCGUCUUCACCAUCGUAGUUUAGAUGAUAAAAGAUCGCAGCUGUUCAUCGAGAAAGCCCUUCCCCUGGUCCCUGAGAAGAAAGACGACACCCUGGUCUUCCCCUGCAUCCUCAGUGCCCUUCAGUGGAUUACCCAGGGCAGGGAUUCAGUGCUGACAGACACAGCCAAGAGGGUCUUAACUGUUAGACCCAGCAUCAUGGCCAAAGCGCCUCCACUCUGCGACGUAGCCGAGAUCCACAUCCUCAUCACCGGAAGCCUCCACCUAGUGGGGGGAGCACUCAGACACCUGGAUCCAGCUUCCUCCAACUAAUUGGGAUCAUGUGAUCUGAGUGAAUGCAGAUGGUUGAAAUAUGAAUUAGUCCUUUACCUCUACAACCUUUGCGGAAGAAAGAUCAUAUCUGUCUGUAUAGAUGAGCUGUUUGUACCGCAGGUGUUUACCUGAAUACAAAAAGCUGCAAACAAUUGUCUGCUAAGAGUCAGUUAGUGUGGACAAAGGCAGCUCCAGGCUUUAAAACAGCCCCAGCUUCACAUUGAGCCUUACAAGUGACUGCAACAACAUGUGGUCUUUUUAGUCUUACAUUAAGCCAAAUUUGUUUACAGGAAGUGCAGAGGAUACAGUCAUCUAACGUGUGUGUGUGUGUGUGUGUGUG